GAUUAUUCGGGACGCUGCAGCCGGAGCUGCUGCUGCCUUCUUCCAACCGCAUCAGUGCGGAGGAGUGCUGCGAGCCCACGAGCUUGAUCGCCUGGCAUGUGUGCCGCGCCUGCAGUGCGCGUGAAGAGCAGCAACGGUUACAGAGCAAGGUCCUCGUAGAUCCUCCGGCGCCGUGCGUCUUGCAACGAGAGGCAGGAGCCGCUGAUCCAGAGGCUGCCAGUGACGCGCAGCUUUCUGAGAUGGCGGGCAUGAGAGAGGUGGUGGAAUCCUUGGGCUCUUCGUUGGAUUCGAAGGUCUGCGUUUGGAAGACAAAGGGCAAUGACUUGUUGAAUGGCAUCAUUGGGCAUGGCUCUGGGACUUUGAAAAUUCGGCAGGUUGAGGGCACGGUGCCUUUGCCGACAUGCGGUGAAGAGUUGCAGCAUGGCCAUCGGCUGACUGGGAUGAGCUGGUUAGUUUUGCGGACCAUGUCUUCUGACAUUUUGGAAGCUUAUGGCUUUGUCCUGGGAAGAAGGGCAAAUUGCGCCAUCUCUGGCUACUUUGCAAAUGAGUAUGAGAUUCGCAAGAAAGCGUAUCAUCUUGUCCGCGAUGGUGUGGGCAGACCGCCAGCUCAUGAACUUGCACUUUUUGCUAGUGGUCAACUUGCGUCUUCACCUUUGCAGACCAAAGGGAAGGGUGUGCGCAAGCAUGCUUUGAAGCCGAAGACCAUGGGUGGCAAGCGGGUUUGUUUCAAGUUCACCAACGGGGGCAAGUGCGCUGACAGUU